AUGACAGAUAUGAUUGAUAUAAGAGAUGAGAAUUACAAGACUACAAAAUAUGUAGCAAUAAUACUUUUUACCAUUUUCGUACUUUGCGGUAUUAUUAGUAAUACACUAAUGGUAACUGUAUUACUGUAUCGAGGAAAAAACAAUCAAUACAAUCGUGAAUUUGUUCUUAUCGCAUUACAACUGAUUAUUUCUCAUUUCACAGCUUUUCUUCCACAAAUGGCUGUUGUAUUACCUGAAUUAUUGCAAACUAAAAACAAUUCAUAUGCAAACGAAACGACAUGGAUUAACCGAAUAUUCGCAACUUUCAAUACUUUUUCACUCUUUUCCGUACUUCAUUUUUCAUUUCUAUUAGCAUUGAAUCGCUCUGUGCUGCUAAUUUUACCAAAAUAUUACUCUUUUUUCAAGUCAACAAAAUUGUAUUUUCUAAUCGCUUUCAUAUGGUCAUCAGGUUUAGCAAUCACAUUUAUCGAUUUUUAUUGUUGCACCAGAAGAUUUCUUGUCUGGAAUUUAACUUGGGAAGGAAAUUGUACGAAGUCAGGUGAAAUAGGCGAUAUUUGGUGGAGGGUGCGUUAUUGUUGGAUUUUAUUCAUACCUAAUGCAAUGUUUAUAACAUAUGUCGCAAUAUUUUGUAAUAUACGUCGUAAACGGCAUUCAACAAUAAGUGACAAUCAAAAUCAAAGAAUUACGAAAACGAAUACCAAUGAUGAAAAUAAUACGGUAAAAGUUAAUCGUUGUGAACGAUCCAUGUUAAUUCAGGCUGCAUUAAAUUGUGCUGUAUUAGAAAUUGGCGCUGUUAUUUUUCAUUUUAUGCCAUCAAUAAUGAUUGGAAUUUUUGGCGAUGGAAUCUAUCUUGUAACAAUGAUUUUUACAAAUUCAUAUGUCAUUUUCAUAUGUAUCACAUUACCUAUUAUUCAUUUCAUUUACAGUAAACAAUCACGUGACAUCAUAAAAUAUCACUUAUAUAAAUGGUUACAAUUAAACAAUGAACAGUAA